AUGGUUGUAUCUUCAUGCUUUCAGCAUGCAAAGAUCCAGAGGCUGUCUGAAGACGAACGAAAUACCUAUUUGUCAAGUCUUUUUGCUGCACCUUACAACUGGAAGUUAGAUCCUAACCACCCCUCAAAAGACGCAAUCCGACGCGUCUUCUAUUUUCGGGAUUUCGAUUCUGCCUUCAGCUUCAUGGAUGCUAUUGCGAAAAAGGCAAAAGAAAUGAAACACCAUCCUGAAUGGCUUAACGUCUACAACAAGGUUGACAUCACUUUGACAACUCACGAUGCAGGAGGUCUUUCGAAAAAGGACGUUGACCUGGCUUGCUUCAUUUCUGACUGUGCUCACAGAUUUGGUGCAAAGGAAAGCUAG